UGCUGCGCAUUGUGACGCAGGACGCAGUGCUGUUAAAGCCGUGUGUCUGUUGCUUGACAGUUUAAAGAUGAUGACCUCUUCGGAAAUCGAGGUAGAGAACUUGAGUGAAAAGAAUGUGGAAGAUUCUGCAAUUUUAGAAGUAAGCACAAUGGCAGUCGGCGGUGUUAUUAAGCAGGAAAGCCGCGAUGUCGAUUUUCUUUCGAAUUGUAGCACGUCCGUCGAGGGUUCUGUGAUAGCUUCUCCCUCCAUUGACAGUUUCUCUACUCUACCAGAGCAAGAAAUAUCAGAUUUUCAAACAGAUUCUAGAGAUCUACAAGUAAAAGUAGACAAUCCUCAGAAGCAUCUUGAAACGCUUGAAACUUAUAUUACUUUUCGUAUAACAACAAAAUCCAUGAGACCAGAAUUUGAGGAAGGAGAAUACAUUGUCAGGAGACGUUACAAUGAUUUUAUUUGGUUGCGACAAAAAUUAGUGGAUUUAUAUCCUACACAUAUCAUACCACCAAUGCCUGGAAAACAUACGUUACUUGCUCAGUUAGAUCGUUAUUCCAAAGAAUUUAUCAUAGCACGCAUGAAGUUGUUACAUGUAUUUCUUAACAGAGUUGUGAAUCAUCCGAUUCUCAGUUGUGACAAAAAUCUGUACAUUUUUCUGACUACUAAACCUGCAGAAUUUCUUAUACAUCGUAAAAAUCGUGGAAAUGUUCUUGUUAAAGUGACUGAUUCUCUGCAAAAUAUCGCAAGUACAUAUACCAUGAAGCAGCGUCAUUUUGAAUUUGAGCAAAUUCGGGAUUAUUGUACAGCUCUUAGCGAAAAAUUAGCAACUGUAGAUAAAAUAAAUCAUCGUAUACAUAAGGAAAGGCAAGACUACUUGCUGGAAUUGCAUCAAUUACAUCCAAUUUUCACCUUAUGGGCAACUUCAGAGCCAGAAUUAGCUCCCUUUCUGUUAGCUAUUGCUAAAGCAAUAGAAUGUAACGCAGUGGCUCAUCAGAAACUCUUAGAAAACGUAACGAACGAGGAACGAGAAUAUAUUUCAUAUGUAGAUGCAGUUAGAAAUGCUUUAUCCCGACGGGACUCAAUGCAAAUUGAAUACGAAAUGACCGUUGAAGAAUUAGCAAAGAGAAGAUUAGAGAAGGAUCAGCUAAUGGGUCUUACGAGCGGUAAUUCCUCAACCCAAAAUUGGGGUGGGUCACUUUGGAAGGCAGAAUCCCGUGAUGAAAAAUUAGAAAAACUCGGACAGACUAUUCCACGACUAGCAAAGCAAACAGAAUUAUUGCAAGAUCGUGUAGAAUGUGCGAACGAAAAUCUCCGAAGUGAUUUACAAAGGUGGAACGUUGAAAAGCAAAUGGAUUUGAAAAAUAUGUUAAUUUCAAUGGCAGAUCGACAAAUUCGACAUUAUCAGCAGUGUAUGAAUGCAUGGGAAGAAAUUCUCACUGGUUUGAAACUGGAUGGAAUAGGAUCCGAAGUUAGUGUAGGACCACCUAUCAAGAUUCCCGUUUGAAUUCUAUAAUCUUUCACUUUCAUACAUACAGAUAGUAAUUAUCUUAUGCAUUUAUAAAGGUAAGAAACUUAAAGCCAUCCUUCGCCAGUAAUGACAAAUAUUUUAUUGCAUUUAAGAAACUGACCUUUCCAGUUUCAUUGUGGCUGCUUCAGCAAAUUAAAUAACUUUACCUCUCAAAUUUUAAAUGUUUUUUGUAGAAAGUACAAUCGGUACUUAUAUACAUUACAAUACAGUGAUUAGUGGCACACGUUGUGCACAUUUAUAUAUGUAUUUCAGUUUUUCAGAUAUAAAAAGAUUUAUGGUAAAAUGGCUUUAUAAUACAACACGGUUACGCGAAAACGUAAAUAAAUGUAUUUAAUUCUAAAAAUCUAACUAGGACAAAUUUUAGCAUAAAGAAUUAAGUAAGGAAUAUGUUGAGAUAUAUUUUUCCUUUGCUAAUUAAUUUUGGGACCAAGUACUAAAUAAUUUGUUACUAGUUAUUCCAUUUCUUUGAGACCAUAUACAAUACAUUCAUUGACAAUCAGUUCUUAGUUACAUACAUCUGGUAAUUACCAAAGUUUAUCUAUAAUAUAUAGAUAACCAAUAUAUAGCGCUAGAAUAUAAUUUACAAAGUUCAAGCAAACCGCUUGUAAUAUUCGUUGUAUUAUUAUUCAGUACCUUUAAUCUAUGUCAUUAAGUUUUGAACAAUCCAUUAUAGCGGCACUUAACAAUUAACUUGUUUAGGUAGUCUCGUGAAAAAAGCACAGUAAGAAUCUAUACAACGUAUAACAUCUGUUGCUAUUCACGCUUGGAAUUAAUAAUUUUUUGAAAUAGUAUCAUAAGUGUAUGGGGUAUGUUUCCAAUACAUUCAGUAUAUUGUACACGCUAUCUUAUUGAUGAUGAAACUCAUAGAUUUGUAACACUAAAUAAAUUAUUGUUUGCGACAUA